AUGGGUGUUGGUCGCAUAUUUUCUCGUCGACGUUGGAGCCGGGUUGUUGAACAAUCAGAUUCUCAUCACCAACAGUCGCCGGCAGUUUCUACCAUGCCCGACGUCGAGAUGGCCCGAACGGGAAGCGUACAACGGCAAGGAGAGAAGGAAGAGGAUACCGAAUACAGGCCAUUGAAUUGGAAGAAGAUCUUCUUGACGCCAAAGUAUAUCCCAUUUCACCUUUUGGGCAUAGCCAUCAUUGUGGCGACAGUCUUUAUCAGUCUUCAUCAUGAUGAGGUCGUUGAGAAAUUGAGACCCUUUUCUGAAAAGGUCCGGUCGCUACCCGGAGGGUUCUUGAUUCCGAUCGCCAUCUUGGUGCUGAUCUCGUUCCCGCCCCUUUUUGGCCACGAGAUUGUGGCUCUUUUGUGCGGUGUGGUGUACGGCUUGUGGAUUGGAUUUGCCAUUGUCGCAGCCGGCACUUUCAUCGGAGAGAUUGGAACCUGGUUUGCGUUCAAGUACACCUUGCGACGCAAGGCCCAAAAGCUGGAGAGGACUAACCUCAACUAUGGUGCUUUGGCGCGAUUGACUCGCGACGGCGGAUUCUGGAUUGUCUUCAUCAUUCGGUUUUCGGUCAUUCCGUCCCAUUUCUCGACCGCGGUGUUUUCGACAUGCGAUGUGAAGUUUUGGCACUUUGCUGUGUCGACGUUCUUGACGCUUCCGAAGCAGAUCAUUCUCGUCUACCUCGGUGUCCUCCUGAUUGAGAAGAAGUCGAACAACAGCAACAACACCAUCAAGAACAUUGUCUUUGGCGCAACAUUCGUUCUGACCAUCGCACUCGCGAUAUACAUCUAUGUCAAGAUGAGAAGAGUCAAGAAGAUGUUGUUGCAGGAGCAGGAGGAGAGGAGAGUGCAGCGAGAGUUGCAGGAGUUGCCUCAGAAGGCUGAAGUCGACGCAGUCGAGACGGAGAUUGUACCCCUGCAGCCAGGCGCAGCGACGGUGCGAACAGACAGACCGGGAUACCCACACUGGAUUUGA